AUGGCAAACACUUUUAAUAUUGUGUGGUCCGGUCCCAAAUUAGAUGGGAAACUCGAUUAUAGUUAUUGGGAGACUUUGAUGUCUACCCAUUUGAAGGCCCAGAACCUGUGGAAUUUCAUUGAACCAGGUUUGCAAGAAGGAGCAGAUGCUGCCCAACAGAGGAGAGAUCAAUUGGCGCUAUCUCAAAUUCAUCAAGGAGUAGAUUAUACGGUAUUUGGCAAAAUAGCAAAUGCCAAAAGUGCAAAGGAAGCAUGGAAUACGUUGAAGCUGUCAUACAAAGGCGUAGAUAAAGCUCAAAAAGCAAAGCUACAGUCUUUGAGAAGAGAAUAUGAAAGGUACGAGAUGUCGAGCUCAGAAACCGUUGAGCAAUAUUUUACUCGUGUUACAGAUCUUGUCAAUAAGAUGAGAGUCUAUGGAGAAGAUAUGCCCGAUAGCAAAGUGGUGGAGAAAAUUCUUCGCACCAUGCCGAUGAAGUAUGACCAUGUGGUGACUACGAUACUAGAGUCACACGAUAUGGACACCAUGACGAUUGCAGAGUUGCAAGGAACUAUGGAAAGCCACAUCAGUAGAAUACUAGAGAAGUCUAGAAAAUCAACCGAGGAAGCCCUGAAAAGCCGAGUGAAUUUCAACAACGUUGCAGAAUCAAACCGUACACAAGAAGGACGAGGUCGUGGUUUUAAUUUUCAAAGUAGAGGUAGAGGAAGUUUCAGAGGUAGAGGUCGUGCCAAUUACAACCAAGGAAGUUACAAUAAUUUUACACCACCUAAUCAAGGAAGAGGUGGAACGAAUUUCAGGCCUGUCAACCGAGGAAGAGGUCGAGGAAAUUUUCAUCAAGAAAGAACCAAUUUCAACUGA